CAUGCGAGGAACCCCUCCUGUAAAAGCAGCUUGUCUGGCAUGUCGUGCAUCCAAAACCCGCUGUGACGGACUGAAUCCAUGCAAGCCGUGUCUGGUCAAGAAUCGCCCGUGUUCUUUUCAGCCCAGUAGAAGAGGUGGACCUCGCCGACGCACUCGAAAUGUGUUGCCAGAGCCCUCCCCGCAACCCCCCACGGUGGUCGAUCUCGCCCACCCCACCCCAUCACUCACUGAAGACUCGGGCACUUGCUCCUUGGUCGACGAUGCCGGUAUUUGGAACACCUUAGCUCUGCUAUCCCCCUACAAGAGGGCACAAGAUGCCGGCCGAGGAUCGCAGGAUCGUUUCGAUGCGCUCCAUGCAGGCGCCACCUGUGAGAUUCAAGGGCCACUUUUACGGGUUUAUACGUCCGAAGCAGACAUACUGAAUGCAUAUUACAUCUUUAUCCAUCCAUUCCUGCCGCUAUUGCCCCCUCCCGUUGCCCCUUUAAGACCAGACAUCCCCCAGGUCUAUCAGCCCUCCCCUGGAGAGGCCGGGGCAGUUGAUCAAUCUUGCCUGUCGUAUCUACCAAUGUCCUGCUUGAGCUUGGCCCUCUCGGCGAUUCUGGCCUUAAUCCCACCUCCGCAGGAUGGGAACCCCACCGAUCCGUGCUGCGCGUGGUUGCGUCGGUCCUACUCCAAUCUUUUUGCUCAAUCCGCCCUGGAUAGUGCUGAACACGCUAUCGUGGAGCCACAUGAAUCUUUGCUCGCUCCUGGACCGUCAGAUUAUGAUCGACGGUUUCACCCCGACCUUCCCGCAAACUUACAUCCCAUUUUGACGUUCAUGGUCCUCGGGGUGUAUGAUUGUUGCCAGAACGGUCAUAUCCAGCGCAUGCGCAUGCGCGUGAACCAGGCUAUUACUACCGCGAUGGACAAUUCGUUGCACCGGUUAGCAGAGAGCGCAUCCGAGGCUCAACGCCGGGCAUGGUGGAUAGCUAUCAUCCUAGGGUACCAGUCUUCCACAGUCAAUUCGUCGUCCCCCAUCAUCACCACCAAGGAUCCGAGAAUCACAACGCCUUAUCCUGCGUUUGAGAUGGGGACCAACGGCCUGGAGCCGUGGUCGCUAAUACUUAAGGCUCAAGAUGCCCACGACUCAGUCGAUGCCAUUGUGCGCAUGAUCAAUACGCAGGGUCUCCAGUCUGCGACAGCGUCAGACCUUCCGGACAGAAUCACUCGCUUAGACCGUCAUAUUCUGUCACUGGCCUCCGAUUGUGACUCGAGUUUUCCACCGACCCAGAGCAAUAGUACGGAAGGGUGUGCCGCCCGUAGCUUCGGGUUGAUUGCCAGCACUCUGGUCCAUGGUGCUCGGAUCAAAUUGCACCGGUUCAGAGCAUUCUCUGACGUACCCAUCUUCUUGGAAAAGCACUGUGACCUCUCUUCAUUCCGCAUGGACAGCAUCCCAGCGCAGGGAUUCACAUCAACCACAGCCAUCGAAAUAGAGGCAUUCUUCCCUUUCAGCAGGGAUGAAUCUUCCAUGAUCUGUCUGAAAUCAGCCUUAGCUAUAUCCCGUGCCUUCAAAGAUAUACCUUGCCCACGGCCGCCAUUAUCUGUAUACCCCAUUCUGCAGGACUCCGCUCUCAGCCCACUGGGAUCUGAUCGCGAGGGAUACUCCGGAUCUUUACCGUAUUUCAAAUGUGCGGCAAUGCAAGCGUCUUAUGUGCUUUACAUGCUUGUGCACCGUCUCCGGGCAGCUCUGUUGUCGAAACGAAUCUCGAUUUGUUAUCCUCUCCUGAAUCAUCCCGAGCCAGGCACGGAAAUCCAAGAUGCUCACAGACUGGUCGAGGAGCUACGGAAUGGAGCUCAUUCCCUGAUUCUGUCCAUGAAGAGGGAUACGGUCUUUGAGGGAAUUGCUUCUAUGGUAAACGAUCUCGAUGCAGCGUAUACUUCGUUAUUCGAGUGACCUUCACUCAUCGAACAUCUCAUUUCACUCAGCACGACCUACAUCUCUCUUAUCUAGGUUCCUGAGCUCGAGAAGCUGUCCUUGUCCUUCAGAUAUAUUUUCUUCAAUAUGCGUCAAGGCGUGGGCAGACGUUGGCUUCAAAAGCCCCUUGCGGGCACAUUUCCUGAGGCAUUCGCAGUUUCCCGAGAACAAGCAUUGUUAUACUGUACACCCAGGUUGCUCAAUUCUGUCAGGUUGACUCCUUUCUCUCGGCAUCUCAGUCCCUUGGUCCGUAC